AUGUCGUCUGCUCUUCCACCGCCGCCUCCGCCGCAAUGGGUGGUCGCGAUGAACUCGCCGUUGCCACGUCCCACCAAGGCCGCCUCCAGCAUCCCGGAUCCACCAGGCUUCUCCAGCAGCCGGGGGGGUAAACAGCGCCAGCAACAGCAGCAGCAACCGACCGCGAAGAAAGCCGAAGAUACCGACGCCCUGAAGAUGAAGAAGGCUUGGGAGAUCGCCAUCGCCCCAUCCAAGUCGCUCCCCAUGAACGGAAUCAUGAUGUACAUGUCCGGCAACAGCCUGCAGGUUUUCAGCAUUAUGAUGGUCUUUAUGCUGUUUAAGGGCCCCAUCCAGGGUUUGAUCAACACCAACGCGGCGUUCGCCAAGUACGAGACUCCGUCGACACGCGGGCGCCUGGUUGCUGUGAAACUGGUCUACGUGUUGAUGCAGUUCCUGCUGCUGGCAUUGGGUAUCUGGAAAGUCAACGCGAUGGGACUGUUGCCGACUACGAGAUCGGAUUGGCUUGCUUGGGAAUCAGAGCGACAGCCGUUGGAGCGGGCUUACUUUGCAUUCAGGUGA